UUUCUCUCUCGGCAUGGCGGAGAUGAUGGAGCUUGGUCUGGUGUCUAAUACCAUUUGUUUUUCACUGUGAGGAGGACACUGGCAUUUUUAUUGUCGGUAAACCGUUCUGCGCAGUUCUUCCCCCCCGGUUUCGGCCCAUAAUGGCGGAGCACGGUGUGGAUGUGUCCGCUCUCCCCCAAGAGGUCCGGGAGCAGCUCGCUGAGCUGGACCUGGAGCUGUCGGAGGGUGACAUCACACAAAAAGGAUACGAGAAGAAGAGGGCCAAGGUUUUAGCACCCUACUUGACACAAACACAAAAUUUAGCUCCACCUCCUGCCUAUGAUGCACAGUCUCCUGGUCCAAGCUCCGCCUCUGCACCUGAACCUGGCCCUUCGAACUCGUCCUCCUCCUCUUCUCGCCACCGGCACACGCGGCGUCCACACCGGAGCGGUGGGACGAGAGAUGAACGCUACAGAUCAGAUAUCCACACUGAGGCAGUUCAGGCAGCGUUGGCCAAGCAUAAAGAGGAAAAGAUGGCACUGCCCAUGCCAACCAAGCGUCGGUCUGCAUAUGUACAGUCACCAAUUGACAACUGCACCCCACCAGAUUCCUCCUCUUCCUCUGAUGAUGAGGCCGUGUCGAGUGAAAGUGCAGGGCCUCAGCAGUCUCCAGACACCUGGAUUAAUAGCUCUCUGCACGGCUCCUCCACCUCGUCCUCUGCCUCCUCCACUCUCUCCCAUGGGGAGUCUCGGCCCACCCAGGCUCCUCAGCCUCAGUCUCAGCAGGUCCCGCCUCCACCCGCACCUGCCCACCCGCCCCACUCCCACUCCCAGCCCUCCGCCCUGGCAGAGGCCUUCGCUCAGGCACGCAUUGGUGUUCCAGUGUCCAGUCGUGUAUCCACAAAGAUUCAGCAGCUGCUAAACACGCUAAAACGACCCAAACGCCCACCACUCAGUGAGUUCUUCAUGGAUGACCAAGAGGAGAUUGUAGAAGUUCCUCAGGUAGAUCCUAACGCCCCGAAGCCAGAAGGCCGGCAGAUAAUCCCGGUGAAGGGGGAGCCGUUGGGAGUGGUCAGUAACUGGCCUCCUGCUCUUCAGGCAGCAUUAGCUCGAUGGGGUGCCACACAAGGCAAGAGCCCCGCCCUCACAGCUCUGGAUAUCACAGGAAAACCACUUUAUACGCUUACGUAUGAUAUCCACACUGAGGCAGUUCAGGCAGCGUUGGCCAAGCAUAAAGAGGAAAAGAUGGCACUGCCCAUGCCAACCAAGCGUCGGUCUGCAUAUGUACAGUCACCAAUUGACAACUGCACCCCACCAGAUUCCUCCUCUUCCUCUGAUGAUGAGGCCGUGUCGAGUGAAAGUGCAGGGCCUCAGCAGUCUCCAGACACCUGGAUUAAUAGCUCUCUGCACGGCUCCUCCACCUCGUCCUCUGCCUCCUCCACUCUCUCCCAUGGGGAGUCUCGGCCCACCCAGGCUCCUCAGCCUCAGUCUCAGCAGGUCCCGCCUCCACCCGCACUUGCCCACCCGCCCCACUCCCACUCCCAGCCCUCCGCCCUGGCAGAGGCCUUCGCUCAGGCACGCAUUGUUGAAAGCACGCGUGAGUGUGUGUUUGUUCGUCUGUCUCAUCCCACCCUGCCUGACCCCAAUCCUGGUGUAGGUGUUCCAGUGUCCAGUCGUGUAUCCCCAAAGAUUCAGCAGCGGCUCAACACGCUAAAACGACCCAAACGCCCACCACUCAGUGAGUUCUUCAUGGAUGACCAAGAGGAGAUUGUAGAAGUUCCUCAGGUAGAUCCUAACGCCCCGAAGCCAGAAGGCCGGCAGAUAAUCCCGGUGAAGGGGGAGCCGUUGGGAGUGGUCAGUAACUGGCCUCCUGCUCUUCAGGCAGCAUUAGCUCGAUGGGGUGCCACACAAGGCAAGAGCCCCGCCCUCACAGCUCUGGAUAUCACAGGAAAACCACUUUAUACGCUUACGUAUGGGAAACUGUGGAGUCGUAGUGUAAAGCUGGCCUACACUCUCCUCAACAAGCUGGGAACCAAAAAUGAGCAGAUCCUCAAACCAGGAGACCGGGUAGCGUUGGUGUAUCCAAACAGUGACCCUGGUAUGUUCUGGGUUGCGUUUUAUGGCUGUUUGUUGGCUGAAGUCAUUCCUGUGCCCAUCGAGGUUCCACUAUCCCGAAAGGAUGCUGGGAGCAGCCAGGUUGGUUUUUUGUUAGGUAGCUGUGGGGUGGGUCUGGCUUUGACCAGUGAGAUCUGUUUGAAGGGUUUACCCAAGACCCCCACUGGAGAAAUAUUGCAGUUUAAAGGCUGGCCCAGGUUAAAGUGGGUAGUGACGGACUCCAAAUACCUCACAAAGCCUUCGAAAGACUGGCAGCCUCACAUACCAACAGCCAACACAGACACGGCAUACAUAGAGUAUAAGGCCAGUAAGGAGGGCACAGUGAUGGGUGUUGCGGUUUCAAAAGUUGCCACGUUAACACAUUGCCAGGCUCUCACUCAGGCCUGUAACUACUGUGAGGGUGAAACGCUGGUGAAUGUUUUGGACUUUAAGAAGGACAUGGGUUUGUGGCAUGGAGUUCUCACGGUGAGUGACAAAAAUGUCUCAUCAAUGCUGCUACUACAGAUUUUUUCAGAAUCAAGGUGUGUUGAUCUGCCUACUGCAGAUGCAAUAACUGAAACUGAGGGUGAUAUAUUUGCCCACACACUGAUCACACGUGCUCUGAUGAAUGGUGCUCAGUGCCCAGUGCCCAUCUCAGCGUGGUGCAGAUCCCUCGCCCAGGGUGCCUUCGGAGUCUGUGAACAAGGAGAACCAAGCAUUAAUGUCGCCUGGAGAUCCGGGGUGCCUUCCUCCUGGAAUCUGAUUACGAAAUCCAGAUUACAUGCUGGGCUGAGCCAUGGGGUCAUUAGGGUCAACACUGAAGACAAAAACUCUGCUCUCACCGUCCAGGAUGUGGGACACGUCAUGCCUGGAGCAUUGAUGUGCAUUGUGAAGCCGGAUGGGCCGCCCAUGCUGUGUAAAACGGAUGAGAUUGGAGAGAUCGUCGUGAACUCUCGUGCUGGUGGAAACAUGUACUACGGCCUGCAUGGUGUCACUAAAAACACCUUUGAGGUGAUCCCAGUCAAUGCUAGUGGCACUCCUAUAGGUGAAAUCCCAUUUGUGCGGUCAGGAUUACUGGGGUUUGUUGGACCGGGUAGUUUGAUAUUUGUGGUGGGUAAGAAUGAGGGCUUGCUAAUGGUUAGUGGCCGUCGUCACAAUGCUGAUGAUCUAGUAGCGACGGCACUAGCGGUGGAACCAGUCAAAACUGUGUACAGAGGAAGGAUUGCGGUGUUCUCAGUGACUGUGUUCUAUGAUGAGAGGAUAGUGAUCGUAGCAGAGCAGAGGCCUGAUGCCAGUGAAGAAGACAGCUUCCAGUGGAUGAGUCGGGUUCUACAGGCAAUUGACAGUAUUCAUCAGGUGGGAUUGUAUUGUCUUGCACUGGUUCCUGCCAACACCCUGCCCAAAACUCCCCUAGGAGGCAUUCACAUCUCAGACACCAAGCAACUCUUCCUGGAGGGAGCGCUGCACCCCUGCAACAUCCUCAUGUGCCCCCACACCUGCGUCACCAACAUGCCCAAACCACGUCAAAAACAACCAGUCGGUGUUGGCCCUGCCUCCAUCAUGGUGGGUAAUUUGGUUGCUGGGAAAAGAAUUGCACAGGCUGCAGGCAGAGAUCUGGGACUCAUAGAGGACCAAGACCUGGUCAGGAAGCUGUGCAUGUGGCCUACAAUGAUGCAUCAAUUCCUUACAGAGGCUUUACAGUGGAGAGCUCAAACCGAUCCUGACCAUACGCUUUAUGUACUUUUGAAUGCGAAGGGAGUGGUAGUAUGUACGGCUACAUGUGUUCAGCUUCAUAAAAGAGCAGAGAAGAUUGCAGCUGCUCUCAUGGAGAGAAGUGGUAUUAACAUCGGAGAGAAUGUGGUGCUUUUGUAUCCACCAGGUAUAGAUCUGAUCGCAGCAUUUUAUGGCUGUUUGUAUGCUGGUUGUAUUCCUGUCACCGUGAGGCCUCCACACCCACAGAACCUCUCUGCCACUCUGCCCACUGUCCGCAUGAUCAUUGAUGUCAGCAAGGCUGCUUGCAUUCUCACUACUCAGGUUUUAACCAAGAUUCUCAGAUCUAAAGAAGCAGCAACUACAGUAAACAUAAAAACAUGGCCCAUCAUAAUAGACACAGAUGACUUGCCUCGCAAACGACCUCCCACAAUCUACAAACCGCCCAAUGCUGAGAUGAUCGCCUAUCUGGAUUUCAGUGUCUCAACCACAGGCAUGCUGACAGGAGUGAAGAUCUCUCAUGCGGCUGUGAGCGCUCUCUGUCGCUCUAUAAAGCUGCAGUGUGAGCUGUACUCCUCUCGCCAGAUCACCAUCUGCCUCGACCCCUACUGUGGACUUGGAUUUGUGCUCUGGUGCCUUGCGAGUGUAUAUUCAGGUCAUCAGUCCAUCUUGAUCCCUCCUAUGGAGCUGGAGAGCUCGCUGACCCUGUGGCUAGGCACGCUCAGUCAGUACCGCAUCAGAGACACCUUCUGCUCCUAUUCAGUCAUGGAGCUCUGCACCAAGGGCCUAGGUGGACAGACAGACAUGCUGAAGGCACGUGGUGUGAACCUGUCAUGUGUGAGGAGCUGUGUGGUGGUUGCUGAGGAGCGUCCACGCUUGGCUCUCACACAUUCCUUCUCCAAGCUGUUCAAAGAUCUUGGACUCUCCAUGCGGGCUGUCAGCACUGCUUUUGGGUCAAGAGUUAACCUGGCCAUCUGCCUACAGGGUACCACAGGGCCAGACCCCUCAACUGUUUAUGUGGACAUGAAGUCCCUCCGGCAUGACCGGGUGAGGUUAGUAGAGCGAGGAGCGCCACAGUCACUUCCUCUUGUGGAGUCUGGAACAAUUCUUCCUGGGGUGAGGGUGAUCAUAGUCAAUCCAGAAACUAGAGGACCGCUAGGGGACUCUCACCUGGGAGAGAUUUGGGUAAACAGUCCCCACAAUGCAACAGGAUACUACACUAUAUACGGAGAGGAAAAUCUGCAGGCUGACCACUUCAACACUAAGCUGAGUUUUGGAGAUCCUCAAACACUCUGGGCCAGAACUGGAUACCUGGGCUUUGUCAAGAGAACUGAACUCACAGACUCCAGUGGAGAUCGUCAUGACGCCCUGUUUGUGGUGGGCUCUCUGGAUGAGACUUUAGAAUUGAGAGGUUUGCGAUAUCAUCCAAUUGACAUCGAGACCAGCGUAUCACGUGCCCAUCGCAGCAUUGGUGAAAGUGCCGUGUUCACCUGGACAAAUCUGCUGGUGGUGGUGGCUGAACUCUGCGGGUCCGAGCAGGACGCUUUAGACCUGGUUCCUCUGGUAACCAAUGUAGUUUUAGAGGAGCACCAUCUGAUUGUGGGUGUAGUGGUUAUCGUUGACCCAGGGGUCAUUCCCAUAAACUCCAGAGGAGAAAAGCAGCGAAUGCACUUGAGAGACUCCUUCCUGGCAGAUCAGCUGGACCCCAUAUACGUAGCGUACAACAUGUGAGUUGAGUCAUGGGUGAUACAAAGGCUUACCAGAAAGGUGCUAUGGAGCCUGGCCUCACAACUGGGAUUGGGUCCUUAUACAGACAGACUUGACCCUGUUUUUUCAGGGAUAAGGUGUUAUUGAACAAAAAUUACAAAUGUGUGAGAUGACUGUUUUGGAGAAGGGAUAUUAUAAUAGAAUUUCCCUUUUGCUCACUCCCUUCUCCCCCAGAACACCACCCCCUUCAGCAAAAUGCCACUUACUGUCUGUCCAGUUCUUGGUCAUGAUUUAAAUUUACUUGAAUUGCAUAGCUGUUUUUUUCUACUCAAAUGCACUCCUAUUCUAGUACUGUCUAGCUAGUAAUUUUCUUUUAAUUAAAAUGAGCUUAAAGCCUCAGUUUGUAAGUUUUCACCUGGGUUGUUCGAUUCCAGAAUUGUUGAUUCUGAUUCCAAGUUUUUGGAAUCAAUGGAAUCGAUUCCAGGAGUCAAUUCUCAGAAUAAGUAUAAAAGGGAGACAAAGUGAAUUCUCAAAAAGUGCAAUAUAAACUGUAAUUUAUACGAUUAUGAUCACUAGAAUGAAUGAUAGGAGAUCUUGAUGGAUGGAUGAGCUACAAAAGACAUGAGUCGAGGAAUUAUGUAGAUUUAGCAAUAUAAAUUCUGUAUCUUAAAUUAGUGUUGUUACAACUUUCUUGGGAUGUGUAUUAGUGUGCUAAUCAAGUUAAUGAACAGACUAGGACACCAUGCCUCUGAAUCCCAACAGCAAAGAAUGGAAGAUUAGUUUCUUUUAGGAUAUAGCAUUAAAUGAUUCUGAAUAUAUACACAGAAUUGAUCUGCAACCCAGCUUAUUAAUGGUGCUGUGUGUUACAGGGUUUUAAAAUGAAACAUUUUUGGACAGCAUUGGGGUAAUAGGGGUAUUGAUACUCCCCUGGUCAUUUGUCAUUCAUCAGAUGCUUUUGUCCAAAGCAGCUAAUAGUAUACUUAUGACACAGGGACAGUCCCUCCAGAGCAACCUGGGGUUAAGUGCCUUUCUCAAGGGCAGUAUUGAUUAUAGGACAUUUCUGUAACGCUCUGGUUCAUAGAAUGCCCUUACCCAGGUUAAAACCCACAGUUUCAUCCACCAUCUUUUUGGUUAAAACACAAAUGUGCUACAGAGACUGCAGCCUUCAGCUCAUUUUGCUCUGUUUGCUGUCUGUUCUGGAACCAUUUAGCAGUUUAAAUCUUACCACUGGGGCUUUAACGAAAUUUCAGAUAUGGAGCUAUUCUGGUUACAAACGUACAUAUUUUAAUUUGUUUUAGUUUUACAGUACACAAUCUACAGCUGUACUAGAAAAAUUGCAAUGUAAUACCCAAAAGUAUAUAACUUUCUUUUUUUUUAUUCUUUUAGUUUUGCAAUUAUAUAUUACACUGAAAAACUUAAUUCCCUCAACCCCACAAGUUCAGCAUGAGGAUAAUCAUCACUGUUAUUUUUCAUUAUCCUUUAUGCACUUUAUUAGAUAAAUGCAGAUACAUUCUGUAACAUGGAUUAUUAAUAUCUGUCAACAAGGGCAUAUGUGUAGUAUUAUAUAAAUACUUGCAUUACUGAGUAGCAUAUGACUUACACAAAAAUGCGCAGGCACAUAAAAAAAACACAUUUUUGGGGCUUAAAGGGUUAG